UUCAGCAUACAUGGUCUCCCAAUCGGUAUUCACCAGUGUUCACGGUGCAUUUGUCUCACCUGAUCUUAUUCUAAACAAUAUUGAACAGUAUCAAAGUGUUUCAAUCGUAGAUACAUAUAGUAGUGAAGUAAAAUUUUAAAAUGACUUCUAUGGAUUGGGACGAAGUCAAGAGAUUGGCAGCUGAUUUUCAAAAAGCACAAUUAAGCUCCACCUUACAAAAGUUAUCGGAACGAAAUUGUGUGGAAAUUGUAACAAAAUUAAUAGAGAGUAAACUUUUAGAUGUAGUAUUUACUAAUGAUGGUAAAGAAUAUGUUACACCACAGCACCUUGGAAAGGAAAUUAAAGAUGAAUUGUACGUUCAUGGAGGAAGAAUCAGUUUGGUGGACUUGGCACAGAUUCUUAAUAUCAAUUUAUCUCAAGUGUCUAAGAUAACAAAUGAAAUAGAAAAGUACAAUAAAGGGCUUAAGAUAAUACUUGGACAACUCAUUGACAAAACUUACAUGAACAAAAUUGCUGAAGAGAUCAAUGAUAAAUUAAUGCAACAUGGUAGUAUCAACGUAACAGAGUUAACGAUACAUUAUAAUUUACCAGCUGACUUCUUGCAAUCGCUUAUUGAAAAAGAAUUAGGAAAAACAAUAUCUGGUAAACAAGAUGUACAGGACUCCAGAGUCUUUUAUACAGAGAGUUUUAUAGCUAAAAAUAAAACUAAAAUAAGGGGGGCCUUGUCUGCAAUUACAAAACCUACACCAAUAUCCGUUGUUUUAGAACAGUGUGGUAUUUCUGACAGACUAUUUUUCUCAAUUUUAGAUAGUUUACAGGGAAUGAAACAAAUUCCUGGUAUUGUAGCAGGAAAACAGGGAACAUACAGUCUUUACAUACCAACUAUAUAUUCUAAAAGCCAAAAUGAAUGGGUAGACAAUUUUUACAAACAGAAUGGUUACUUAGAGUAUGAUGCACUCACUCGACUUGGAAUAUCAGAUCCACCAAACUUUGUGAAACGUCAUUUCCCAAAUGAAGACAUAAUCUUCUUAGACUCUGUUGCUGUAGGUACAAUAAUUAGCGAACAGGUAGAUGCAAAUAUUGAAGAAGCCAUUGCAACUGGAUCUUUUGUUGAUAUAACCCCUCUUCUACCAUCUGUAUUUACUGAGAAAGAUAUGGAAAUGCUUCUUAAAAUGGUAGAAAAAAAAUUAAAUAAUAAUACACAUGUAUUCGCAAAUACUGUAGUAAUAUCUGAUGCAUUUUUGCAAUCUCUAUAUAAAUCCUUUGAGACUAUAGCAGAAACAAAAGCUAGGGAAGUAGUGGCCAGCGGUCAAUGGUUCCAGACUAUAGCAGAAAACAAAAUUAAAUCUAAAUCAGCCAGUUCAUUACUUGAAACUAAAGGAGGUAGAAAAGAAGAACGACGUAAAAAAGCAGCAACUGGUAAAGCAGGUGGUGGUAGUCAAGGAAGAGAGACGAAAACAAAAUCUACUAAAAAAAAGUACCUACAAGGAAAAGGUCGUGAAAAUGAUUCCGAUGACGAGGAUCCAAAAAUCAUAUCAGGAAAAAUUGAGCUUCAAUUAGUGCCUUUAGAAGACAUAAAAAAUGAGAUUACAAAAGAUGAUAAUUUAACAGUAAUUGAUGAUUUAGUAGAGGAAUUGGCGUUAUAUUUGCAACCGAAAAUAAAUAAUUAUGCCCUGUCUGUCGCUGAUCAGUUAUCACAGAACAAUAAAACUACCAAUUUAAGUGAAGUUGAAGAACGGCUUAAUGUUUUCAUAACAAACAUUAAAAUAUUUGAUAAAGGCAUUAAACAUAUAAAUAAGGCAGAUCAACCAACUUUAACAAAAUAUUUAUUAAAAUCCCUUGGUACCGAAUUUGUCACAGAAUUAUUUAAGUUAGCUGCACAACAAAAUAUGCUUCAAGCUCCUAACAAUAUUACCACAGAAACAAGACAAAAGAUGCUGCUUGAUUUACCAGAUGAUGUUAAAGAGCCUUUAAGUAACAUACAUAAAUCUAUUGCUGAAACUUCUAUAGAAGAUUUUUUAAAUUUCGCGGAUCCUGCAAUGGCGGCCUGUUGUUUGGUACUAAAAAAGUAUGAUAAAAAGAAGGAAAGACCAUUUAUUUUAGGGCACAGACAAGCUUUAUUAGAAAAGCUUAAUGCUACACAAGAUCCUGCAUUAGCAUUGCAUUUAGUUACAAGUAUAUUAUUUAUUGCAGCAACACAAAGUGUUGUGCAUAUAUCUGGAAGACAUGUAUCUACAAUUCUUUCAUUUCUUCAAACACAUUUACAACCUUCAACAAUGACAGUACUGUCUAAAUACCAUGAUAUGGUAUUGAAAAAUUUAACUUGUACAGAUGAAACUACAAAACUUGAAGUUACCAAGGAAUUAGAGGUUAACUUGGAAGAGAUUAAGAAUAUAGCAAAUAACUUUAAACAACAUUUAAAAACUGAUAAACCACAAGAAUAAAUAUAUAUAAUUGUAAAUAAAUAUAAAUAUUAUUUGUUGUAUAAAAUUAUAUACAAGAGUUUUAUACUAUAUUUUACAAUAAAUCACAUCAAGGGGAGGCACUAUUUUACACUCAAA